ACGCGAUGCAAUGCGUGUCCGCAGCCUACUCAGCAAUUUUCGUCGAGAGUUCAGCCCCUGUCGCAGCAACACUCCUCGCAGCAGUCGUCGCGCCAGCACCCCCAGCAGUAUUCGACGCAAUCCGGUCGGCAGCAGCACCAGCAGCUGCAGCCGAGACAGCAACAGCAGCAGCAGCAGCCGCCGCAACAGCCCCUGCCCCAGGGACACGUUUGUUAUCGUCCUGCAGAAUUCCAUGGAGGAUACGCAGGAACUUCAGGCGCUAGUGGAACUGUUCCCACAAGUGCCGGUCAUGUCCAUCAGUGGUGAAUUUCUCAGGGACGAGGAGCUGCUUCUCAUGGGAGAGCCGCUUGCCAAGCGCAAGGUGAUUGUCAUGGUCCUACAAUUGCUUCCCCCCGGCGCCGAAGCCCACGUGAUUCUGGACGACAAAAUUGAUUGAGCAAUAAACCAAAAAGAGCGCCUGGCCUAUA